AUGACAGAAGCCAUAGUACAUAUUUUAAUCCCAGAUACACACGAUAUAGUAAAUCAAGAAUCAUAUUCUAAUGCCAGACAAAACGAAUUAACACCAGAUAUGUCAGUAUCUACAUCAUGUGAACUCAUUGACUCUGAGAUUUUAACAGCGCCCAGCGUUUGUAGAAUAUGUUUACAGUCUGAUUUCGACGAAACAAAUAAAUGCAUUUCUCCCUGCUUUUGUCGGGGAAGUAUAUCCAAGGUUCAUAGAACGUGUUUGGAAAAAUGGCUGCUACAAGCCAGCUCUAGUGUUUGUGAAAUUUGUACAUUUGAAUAUAAAACCAGGCGGGUCACAAAAUAUUCAUUACUGGGAUCAAUUAAAGCAUGGUUUUUCAGUAGUGAAAACAAAGAAGAAGUAAAUGAACUGUUCUAUGAUGGAUGUGUGUUGCUUAUAACAUUACCAUUUAUAUCCUUAUUUUCAUAUAUUGGAUUUUCUAUUACAGAGCAUAUUUUCAACACAGAUGUACAGAUAAAAUAUGACAUGGCUUAUCGUGUUGUAUCAUUUAGCGCUUGUUGGUCAAUACUGUGUGCAGAUUUUUUCUUUUGCUUUUGGACUUCUUGCCGUGCACAACAUCAUAUCCUAAAUUGGUAUAAUUUCUACAAAAAUAAUCAAUCGGUAGUUUUAGAAUCGGAACCAGAGGAAUCUAUGUAA